AUGGACCUGGCAUCGCGCCGUAUCCCGCCUGCUGGCCUUGACGAUGGCACCUCCAUCCGGUCCAGGGCCUAUUACAACUCUAGCCAUCUAUUGCGGCACGCUGAGUCACGGUAUUCAUUACAGGAGCAGUUUGCCGUAACCAAGAAGGAGUACGAGUUUGGCUUCGACGAUGCCUCAUCGGUCCUGGAACGGUCGACUCUGGCCUCGGGAGCUGUCCGAGCAAACGAGCUCGAUGACGACGACGACGGAAAGCAAACCCCAGUUUGGGUCCUAAGCAGCGUGGCCAACCGAACUUAUUACGAGCUGCUAUGCCUGCCAAAGGGUGUGUCCCUGUCUCCCGACCAGGUUUGUGAUGCCGCCUACCGUCUCCUCGAGGUGCUGGCAGUCGACAAGCAGCCUCCCCGUUUACGGAGCUCUGCUGCCUUCUACCUGGGUCUCACCCAGGCCGCCUGUGAAACUCUGGUCGAGCCUUCGAGAAGGUUAGCUUAUGACCUGUACCUGUCGGAGGCUCACGAACCGGCAUCGGACUCGCCUGAGCCUCUCAUUGACGACGACCUCCCGGGUCCAGGGAGCUGUGAGAGCUACGAGAACCAGAUCCAGGAGCAGUAUCUUCUCCUGACGCAGCGGGAAUCCAGGGCGAAUACCGACCUCUGUUUCCGGGUUGGUGCUGCUGCUGCUGCUGCGCCAUUGCUCACCUCUCAACGGGGCUCGCGCCAGCACGGGUUAGAACUGAGGGUUUUGGAUUUCUCCCUCCGAAAAACAGCCACCACUGGCGUGCCAGCCUUGCGACAAUCUGUUGAGAGAAUGGUGGUGUUCCUUCAGGGAUUGCCCAAUAAAGGAGCCCCCAAGGUUGAGGGGUCGCCUUUUGUUCGGGUCGCCGAUCCGACCGUGACAAUUACCGGUGCGACACACGGAUUGCUAGAUGAACGAAUCAGGCUUGCGCCAUCCCUUAGUGACCGCUAUCAGCUACCAGGCCCUUCGAUCCACGGGAGGAGGCGCGCGGAGCAGUUGCUGGCCUCCCAAUUCCUUCCGCUGCUGAGCUUAAACCUCCGCCAGGCUCUCUCCUGGCGCGGAGAUCCUACCCUUGUCGCGGGGCCGGACCUUGUCGUCGAACACGAGUUGGAACUUCUCCCUCACCUCUCCACCACGACACGGGUAGGCUAUUCGGUGAAUCUGUCUGGUGCUGACGAACCACUCAACAUCGAAGUUUCGGCCCGGAAGCCUCUUACCCGCAGCCCCGGCCUGCAUUCGACCCUGGGGUUUGCCGUCCAUGAACGAGUCGGUUCCGGCACGGCCUUCUUGAUCGCAGACGGAGGUGACUGGAACCCCAGCAUAUCCAAAGAAUGCCAGGAACUUUCCCGAUGUUCCAAGACUGUGGGUGGACUUGCGCCCAUGGUAGAGGCCUUCCGCAAUUCGCCAACCGUCGAAAUCGGCUAUGCCUUCGGGAGGCACGACUUGGGCAUGCAGUCCGGACAGGCACUCACCAAGCCUUCCGAAAGGGGCCUCUCCACCCUCGACAGCGACCUGGACGAGCGCAAGCCCAGCUCUUGGACAGCGUCCGUGGGUUUCACCCCUGGUAAUGCAGCAGCCUACCUCCGCUACGGCCGCGAUCUCUUCGCUUCACGCGCCCAAACCAGAUCCUCCCCGAAAUCCAGGACCGGCCUCCGCGCUGAAGUCGAGCUGGCAAGCACAGUCCAGCACGACUUCUUCUUCCUCGCCUUCCGUGCCCUCAAACGCAUCGGCCGCUUCUCCAAAGCCGGAUUGGAAAUCGGCUUCUCCCCAAGCAAUCUACACCUCUCCUUCUACUGGUCCCGUCUCGGCCAGCGCAUCAGCCUCCCCUUUCUGGUAGCCAACAGCACCACGGCAAGAUCCAGAUUUGCCACCAGACUCCUUUUCUGGACCACCAUCUUCCCCUUCGCCGCCUUCGCCGCAUGGGAAUGCUACCGCCGGCGCCGCUGGUGCGCGCGCAAGGCGUCGUCGACCUCCACGACCGCCGAGCCCGAACGAGGAGGCGCCAAGACGGUGCAGUUGCACAUUGCGCGCCGCCGCGCCGAGGCGGACGAGCUGACGGUCGUCCUGGCCACGGGCGUCGAGCCGCGCCAGGCGGCCCAGCGCCAGCGCGGCGGGCUGGUCAUCGCCGGCGCCAAGUACGGCGUGCGGGACGCGCCGCCCGAGGAGAGCCGGCUGCUGGGGUUCUGGGACCCGGCGCCGUUGAGUGGCCCCGGCGACAAGGUGUUGAGGGUCCGGUAUCUGUGGCGGGGCAAGGAGCGGACGGUCGAGGUUGGUGAGCUGGAGGAGUUAAGGCUGCCAUGA